AGAAAUUGCAGGUCUCUGCUUCCAGCAAUGAAGCUUCUCAACACCAUCUUGGUUUACCGCAGGCUGAUCCUCAUCAUCCUCACCCUACUGCUUUUAUUGCCAUUGCCUUUAACAAUCCAAACUAAAGAAGCAGAAUGUGCAUAUACCCUCUUUGUGGUUGCCAUCUUUUGGAUCACAGAAGCUUUACCUCUGUCUAUAACAGCUUUGCUGCCUGGCUUAAUGUUCCCCUUGUUUGGAAUCAUGCCUUCUAAGGACGUGGCAUCUGCUUAUUUCAAAGAUUUUCACCUACUGCUAAUUGGAGUCAUCUGUUUGGCAACAUCAAUAGAAAAAUGGAAUUUACACAAGAGAAUAGCUUUAAGAAUGGUGAUGAUGGUGGGUGUGAACCCUGUAUGGCUUACGCUGGGGUUCAUGAUCAGCACUGCCUUCUUGUCUAUGUGGCUUAGCAACACCUCUACUGCUGCCAUGGUGAUGCCCAUCGUAGAGGCUGUAGCUCAGCAGAUCAUCAGUGCUGAAGCAGAGAUUGAGGCCACACAGAUGACUAAUUUCAGUGGACCUACCAACCAUGGAUUGGAAAUUGAUGGUAUCAAGUUUCAGUAUGGCCACAAAAGUGAUGACUGCCUUGAAAAAAAUGACCUGAAAGAGAAAGCUCCUCCAGCUUCAAGAUACCGUAAUGAUGCAAGGAAAAGCUCAGGCAAGAUGGAGUCAGAAAAGAACUCAGAAGGUGGAAGAUAUCGGACACGGAAAGACCACAUGAUGUGCAAACUAAUGUGUUUGUCCAUUACUUACUCUUCUACCAUUGGAGGGCUGACUACUAUCACAGGCACGUCCACCAACUUGAUCUUUGCUGAGCAUUUCAAUUUACGAUAUCCAGACUGUCAGUGCAUCAAUUUUGGAUCUUGGUUUUUGCUUUCCUUUCCUGUUGCCAUUAUUCUUCUAUUCUUGUGCUGGAUCUGGCUUCAGUGGUUUUUCCUUGGUUUCAACUUAAAAGAAAUGUUCAAGUGUGGCAAGACCAAAACAAUGAAAGAACAAGCCUGUGCUAAUGUUAUUAAGGAAGAGUACCAAAAACUUGGGCCAAUGAGGGUUCCCGAGAUUAUAACCUUGGUCCUCUUCAUAAUAAUGGCCCUGUUAUGGUUUAGCCGAGAUCCUGGCUUUCUUCCUGGUUGGUCCUCACUUUUUUCACAGUAUUCAGGCUUUGCUACAGAUUCAACUGUUGCCUUAAUCGUAGGCAUGCUUUUCUUCUUGAUUCCAGCCAAGAAAUUGACUAAAACUACACCUACUGGAGAAAUCAUUGCUUUUGAUUACUCUCCGCUGAUUACUUGGAAAGAAUUCCAGUCAUUCAUGCCCUGGGACAUAGCUAUUCUUGUGGGUGGUGGGUUUGCCCUGGCUGACGGCUGUGAGCAUUCGGGAUUAUCUUUGUGGAUUGGCCAACAACUAACACCUCUGGGCUCAUUACCAGUUUGGUCAAUUAUCCUUAUAUCUUCUUUGCUUGUCACUUCUUUAACAGAAGUAGUCAGCAAUCCAGCUACCAUUACCCUUCUCCUACCCAUAUUGGCACCAUUGGCUGAAGCUAUUCAUGUGAACCCCCUCUAUGUUUUGCUACCUUCUACUCUAUGUACUUCAUUUGCAUUCCUCUUACCAAUAGCAAAUCCCCCCAAUGCCAUCGUCUUUUCCUAUGGCCAUCUGAAAGUCAUUGAUAUGGUUAAAGCUGGUUUGGGCAUUAAUAUUGUAGGUGUUGCUGUAGUGAUGCUUGGCAUCUUCACAUGGAUGGUACCCAUGUUUGACCUCCAUACAUAUCCUAGUUGGGCUCCUGAAAUUACGAAUCAUACAUUGCCUUGA